CAGAGUGACUCCUCUGCUCGGACAUAGACGAUCUUCGGCUGAGUCCGGGUACAAGGUGGGGCAGAGUCUCCUGGUCAACUUGUGAAAGUUGUGUGUGCGUCGCUUUAUGGCAGAUUUCUCAGCGCUGGACAGGAGAACACGUCACCAGGUCUGCGUUACAGAGGUUUAGGAGUUUGUAGUCAGGCGGAGCUGUGAGCUGCUGGACUGACGUAGACCAGAGUCAUGGCGUCCGGCAAGAACAAGAACCAGACCUCCCUGGUUCUCCAUAAGGUGAUCAUGGUGGGCAGCGGCGGCGUGGGGAAGUCCGCCCUCACCCUGCAGUUCAUGUACGACGAGUUCGUGGAGGAUUACGAGCCCACCAAGGCCGACAGCUACAGGAAGAAGGUGGUCCUGGACGGCGAGGACGUCCAGAUCGACAUCCUGGACACGGCGGGUCAGGAGGACUACGCCGCCAUCAGAGACAACUACUUCCGCAGCGGCGAGGGCUUCCUGCUGGUGUUCUCCAUCACAGAGCACGAGUCCUUCACCGCCACGUCCGAGUUCAGGGAGCAGAUCCUGCGGGUGAAGGAGGAGGAGGCGAUCCCUCUGCUCCUGGUGGGGAACAAGUCGGACCUGGAGGAGCGGCGGCAGGUUUCUGCAGACGAGGCCACGGCGAAGGCGGGCGAGUGGGGGGUUCAGUACGUGGAGACCUCGGCGAAGACGAGAGCCAACGUGGACAAGGUGUUCUUCGACCUCAUGCGGGAGGUUCGUAAGAAGAAAAUGUCCGAGAGCAAAGACAAAAACGGACCGAGCGGCAAGAAGAAGAAGAAGCGCUGCUGCAUACUUUAACCUGCAGGUGAUGACGUGCCAAAACCAGGAAGAAAAACCACAACAACAACAACAACAAGAAAAGGACUGAAGCGACUGAACGGAGCAGGCAGCAGCUUCACACCAUUAAUCUCCCUGAGAGCUGCAGUUACUUUAAAAACCUCCAGUUAAUACUCUGACUCCUCGCCUGCUCCUUUCUCUGGGCAUUUAUUUUUACUCCCCUGAAAAGUAUUUUUCUCCAAAUGUAUAAACUCCACAUUUAAGACCCGACGUGUUUGAGCUCAUGUUUCACCAGAGGAGUCUCACUUCCACAGCUGCUGCAUGUGAGUGUUAGUGUCUGGUGACCUCGGUACUUCCCUCAUUCUGCUUCCUCUUUAUCUACAGAUUCUGCAGAUUCAAACUACUACAUGUGGCCAAAAGUAUGUGGACACGUGCGACAGCUGUUCAGUGAGGUCCGGCGCUGAUGUCGGUUGAUCAGGUCUGGCUCACGGUCCAGUUCAGAGCUGUUGGAUGGGGUUGAGGUCAGAACUCAGGACUUUCCACACCAAACCGGGAUAACCACUUCUUUAUGGAGCUGGUUUUUAUGCACGGGGGCGUUGUCGUAUUAAAACAGGAAGUAGACAAACACAAAGGUCUGAAAUAUCAAAAACAUCCCUGCCUUUAAAACAAGAAAAUGAAACUCUCACAGUGACAGUCAUUUUAUUAUUUCUGGUAGAAGAACAGCAGCAUGUUGUAAAGUCAUUUAGCAGGAACAGAAGCUUGGACAUGUAUGACGGACCGGCUCAGUGUGACGCAGGUUUGCAGGAUCCAAACUGAGACGAUCUGAGUUUGUCCAAAUGUCCUGUGAAUCUGAAAAAGACAAAAGCAGAUGAAUGUGUUUGUAUCCACCUCACGUUAACAGUUGGUGGAGCUGUUCCUCCAGUCGGUGCCAUUAAAUCACUGCAGAAGAAGAGUUGUGUUUACCAAUUAACAGGCUUUAACACUGUCAUGCUGUGCUGACAGGUGAGACCCAACACCUGCGCCAUGUGACCUGCCUGAUAACCCGGAAGAUCGCUGUUAUCAUACAGCGUGUAACAACCCCAUACCAAAGCACUGAGAUGUGUCCACAUACUUACGGCCAAGUCUUCGACACGUUUCCUUUCUUCUUCUCACAGAGAAAUUUCCCGACAGCAGAAUCAAACAGAGUCUUUGUUUAAAGCUGAGUCUGUUUAAUGUGGAAAACAAAGGCCGACACGUUCGAGGAGUCACAACUUCAAAGGGAAACUUUCACAAUCUCAACACAAGUUUGUUUUUUUUUUUUUAACUAAAUUCUCCAAAAUCAGAAAUUUCCACUGUGAGAUUUUGUGCCUUAAACGGUCUUUGUGGUCUCUGUCGUCUCCAUGAAGCUGUUGAAAAACCUUCAGGAAUCUCAGCAGCAGCUUCGUCCUUUAAACUGUUGAUCAGAAGCCAAAACGUUGAAUCAAUAAUCUGUGCAGUCGUCAGUUUGUUCGUGUGUUUCCUGACUUUCUCCCUUUACCUCCCUUCUUGUUUAGUUUUUUCACACAUUCCUGAUAUGUAAUGACACUUCAGACACUCCAUUUGUAUGAAAGCUUUAUUCUCCACCUCCCUUACGAACACAACUAUAAUUUAUAAUCACGUUUCAAAGGGAUCGACUAUUUAAAUCACUCGCAUCAUUAUCCUCAAGGUAUUUCUGAGGUCUGUGGGUUGAAGGGACUCGUUCUGUUGCACUUUUCCAGCUGAAAUCGGUUUGUGUGUGUGUGUGUGUGUGUGUGUUUGUGUUGUUGUCGACUCACAGACAACCUCAUAUCCAUUUGAUAAUAAAAGAAAAGACGGAUCGAUCA